UUGCGAUACCACCAGUGCCCGCUCCUGGACUUGUGUUAGUGAGUGGCCAUAUGAGCUACGUUAGGUAUCUAAGGUUAGGUACGCAGUGUACUGACCAAUAACGAUCGCUCUCUUCCGAGUUCUCGUCUUAGACAUGUUUGAUUCUUUCGGCGCGAUACUCAGCCAAUACGAUGAAAACCCGAUAGUCCGGGAUAGAUGAUGCUUCUAGACGAUCUGCUCGGCAAUCUCGCCGCAGCACGGGAAUCAAGCAACGCAGCAGCCACUAUCCGACCAUGCGAUCUCAAUUCGAUAUUGUUCUGCUUCUCAUCGUCCAGGGCGGGACAGGGGGCAUGCUUACCGCGCUUAGAAAAAAAAAAGGAAAAGAAAAGAGAAUUACACCGAGUCGCGUAUGUAUAAAGAACGUUCAACCCGACAUAAUGAUUCAUCAUCGAAUAAUCCGCAAUGGUGAGGCGGAUAGGAGGCAUUACCUAGCGUUGCCGGGAAACCCGCAAUCCGCUACUUUAUUUCCAUAUGACUCUUCCGAUGCGUACCUCAUCCAGAACUUUUUGAGUUUUCUGCAAGUCGAUGAGAUUGAACCCAAAGUCAGACGAGUCCAGCUGGCACAAGGGGUUCAUAGUGUGAGUUUGCUUCUUUAAGGCCAGUACUAGCUGCUUAAAUAUUUGGUACAGAUCUACAACAAGUAGAUUAUAAUUUAAUUUUGAAGGCUUUCAAUAUCAUAAAUCAGU